ACCGGUUACUUUAUAAAAGAGCUUCGCAUGUCAGAAUGGACCGGUACUGUGUCGUGAUUGAACAAUUCCCAUUGAACUCAUGUUCAUGAUGCUCUAAGUUCGUUCAUCACAAAUGUUGCGGCUUUUGUUCAAUUUGUUUCUGUUCUGUGGGAUUAACGAAGCUUUCGAAAUAUUGGACAUUGAAGAAAACAGAAGCGUCAAUCUCGUCUGUCCCAGGUCAGAGACGUCUGAUACAAAGUUGGAGGUGACAUACUCAGAUGGGAAAAAAGAAUGGUAUGCAAACUUCAAAGUCGGGAGUGAAUGUGCCACUUACAGUCACAUGAAGUGCUCCAAAGAUGACGUGUACAACACCUUAACAUUGUCAGUCUCUAACAGAACCAGAAAUAUUGUUUCCUACUCUUGUGGUGACAACCUGGUGUAUGGUGUCAGAUUCUAUGCCGGUCCAAAGGACGUCAAGUGUGAACAACCUACACUCGUGGGGACAAACAUUACAAUCAAAUGUACCACAAAGAAAGUCUACCCACAGAUGGAUUGUCACUUCUAUGACACAUUCAACAACUCUACCCAAGGACACGUUAAAUACAGAAUACUCCAGAGUUUCGACUCGCCUGAGUACUUGAAAGAACAAUGCAGUUUUACUGUCAGAGUGUCGAGUCUCCAGGAAGGGAAUCAUCAGUUCUCUGUUCAAGUCAGACCAAAGAGUAUCAACAGCUUUAAAGCGCCUCACAUCGUAACACCGACUAUUAAUAUAUCACCUAUUAAAACUAAGCUAGAUUCAUCAUGCCCUGAUGGUGAGUCUGUUAUAAAAGGCUACAUCAAAGCUGGAACAUCGGCAACCUGCAAAUGCUUGAAACCUCAAAGUCAUAGACAUGUUUUUGGGAAAGUGUAUUGGUCCAAUGCAAACAUCACAGACUCAUACAUGUCAUCACCUAAACUGACAGUAACUUACCCUAAUGAUCACAACAAAACAUUUUAUUGCAGAGCCUCACCACUUGAAUCAAAUCCAAUGGAAACAAAAUUUCAAGCACUGUUUGCUUUUGGACCAAACAGCUUAGAUAUAUCUCACCAAAACCUAAAAGUUGAAUUGUGUUCCAGUGUCACCAUUAGGUGUUCCGCAAGUAGCAGUUCAGUCUAUCCAGGAGUUAAGUUUGAGUGGUUUCUUGAUAACACUGACGCCCUUGUUAUCACCCCUGAGAUUUCAUCAUCAGAACUGACUUCAGUUGUGCUACUCACAGCUCGACUGCCAGGGAAAUACAUUCUGACUUGCAGGGGAACUAACAGCAUCUUUUCUGACAUUACUACAGAGACUCAUACAGUUGUUAUUAUUGAAGCAAGCAAGACAGUGCAACCUAAAAUAACUAUUGACAACCACAACCAUACUUUGAGACAGUCCUUACAAGAAGUGAACAUAACAUGUUCUGUCAGUCAACUUAGCAACAUAAGUUUCUCUUGCCUCAACAAGACCCUGACCAAAACAGCCACAUCAGUCUCUUUCAUCUAUAACAUGACAAAGGAAGAAAAUGGCUUCAUAUGUAACUGCAUAUCUAAAUAUUCUUGCUAUGAGCAAAAGGUUGUGACAUCACCAAUAUACUUAGCUUAUGGUCCUAGUGAGGUUAAAGCCUCCACCAGUGUUCUCAGCUUGGAGCUUUGUAAAGAGGCAAUAUUCACAGUUGCAGUCCCUCAAAGUGAUGUCUAUCCAGGGGUUUCCUUUAGCCUUAAGGUGGAUGUUCCUGGUUCAAUUAACUGGGAGCUUACACCUGAGAAUGUGAGUGCAAUUGUGAAAGUUAGAGCUGAAAAAGCAGGGGAGUUUUCAUUCAACAUUCAAGCUUUCAACACAUUUAACAGCAACAUCAGAGCCCAGACAGCAGUUAAGGUUAUUGCUUAUGAUUCACCUUCACUGAAGCCAACACUUUUAAUAAAUAAUGGUGAACUGGUGAUAGAAGGAGUCUCAUCCCAAGAUGUAAACAUCACUUGCAGGUCUCCCAUUGGUAAUGUGACUAUAACUGUUUCCUGCUUGGGAACCACUGUCUCUCAUGUUGGAGCAGAACUAACAGUGUCCAAGAAUCUGACCAGGUCAGACAAUGGUGAACUAUGUCAUUGCUAUGUCCAAUACACUCCAAGUUGUUUCCACAAUGAGACAAGCACUGUGCAUCUUAAUGUUACAUAUCAAGCAAGCAUCACUAGCCUCACAGUCAAUGAGAAGCCUGAUGGUAUUGAGCUGAUGGAAGGAGACACCGUCACACUGAGUUGUCUGUCAGACAGCAACCCUCAACCACACAUCCAUAUAGAAACAGAACAUGUCCUUCACCUCAUACCCAGUAUUGUCUUGAACAACAGCACCACUGAGUUUGGUCAACACAUGUGGCAGUUUGUUUAUCAGAUGCCAAACAUCAGCUGCAGGCAGUCAUCAACAUAUACGUGUGUUGCUUGGAAUGGGCUGUUUGAUGUGAAAGUCAGGCAAUCCGUCACAGUGUCUGUCAGGUGUGGUGUGCAACUGUUGGAUCAGUCUACAAAGCUGCAUGAGCUUAAAGGGAAAUCCAUCAACAUGCUUGCAGCAAACGUCUAUCUGAUUGGCUACCCAAAGCCAAAUAAUUUGUCCUUACUUGUAAGCCAGAGCAAGGAGCCAGUCAGCAAUAGGAGCUACACAUUGCUGUACAAAGAUACACAAUUCUUUUAUGGCACCCUCUUUGUACUGAUAGACAAACUAACAGAAGAGCAUGUGACACUCUAUACUGUGAAUGUUGGCAAUGGAGUUGGAUCAAACCUCGAGUUUGAGUUGAGUUUUAUGGAAGAUGAUGAAGGGCUAUCUCAGAGAACUGUAAUUGUCAUCACCGGGGUAUCAGUUGGAACUUUAAUUUUGCUUCUUAUUUUCAUAUUGAUUUUUUUGAGGCUUAAGAAAGGAGACCACAGAGACAGAAACAAUGGAUUGCCAGGAUCAGUCAAAAAGUCAAAGAAAUCAAGUUUCUAUAUGAGAAGUUCUCGCUAUGUAAGAGAUUUGUUUACCAGACAUAGAAAGCAACAGUUGUCUCACUUUUCUGAGUUAUACAGUGAUGGAAAUCAAGGCAAUGAAACAGUUCCUCUAGAGCCUUUGAAUGGGCGCUCUAAACCAACAUGUACAAAUCAGACAGAGGUGGCAACUGCGGCAUCACCUCUUUUAAAUACAAGUGGUGGCAGUCAAAAGCAAUCCAAAAAAAGAGCUACUAAAAGCAGCGUUGCAGUGAAUAUGCAUUUUACAAGCCCAGAAAAGCAACGUGUAGAAAAAAUAUCACUUCAGAAAAACUCUGAGGAAGGCAAACCAACUUCUAUCUAUGAUGAAGCUGAUGAAGAGAGUGUAGUGCAAAUGAGAAAAGAGAAAAAUAAAUCAGACACAUCUGACCCUCACUCCUGUACUUCCACAGAGACGGAACUCAAAGAUCUGAUGCAACUAGGAGAUGCUCCUGAAAUUCCAGAUGCAGCAUCUAAUGAAGAAUGUUUAGAUAACAUAGACCAAGAUCCAGAUGAAACAAUUCCUAAAACUGUGGUAGAGUCUACAUCUAACAGAACAUCUGAAAGCAACAUCUACUCCAACUUCAGAGCAACCAUCACAAGUGCUCCACUUCAAGAUAUUCCUGAGUCGGAAUAAACAACAAAUAAGACAGAAGCAUUCUUUUCUUCUUCAAGGUGCAAAACAUAAAAUGGAAUAAUAUUGAUAUAUUGUAAAUCUGAAAUACAAAAUAGCAUGAACUCAAAAUGGAAGGAAAGAAACUGAUGGGUAACUGUGUGAUGAUUGGUAAUAAUAUAAGAUGCAUUGUGAUGUAGGCUUUAUACUAUGGCAUUAUACAUAAACAUUAAUUAUAAUUUUAUAUUUGAUAAUAUUAUUAAAUGUAAUUUGGCACUAAUUCAAACAAUCUCAAUAAAUGUGAUAACUACUGUUUUUUUUUUUAAUUAGAAUUUGGACUAGUUUAUAAAACAAAAGAAGGUUAUUGUUUGUCUAAUGAAAAGGUUAAUAGCUUCAUGUCCAUGUUAGCACUGAUUAGAAGUAUUGGUAAAUAGUAUUUUGAAGCUGCCAUCAUGUAAUAUGAAUAGUUGAAUGUAAGGUGUAUGUAUGUAUGUCUUUUAUAGAAUAUAUAUGUAUAUAUUGUAAUAACUUAUGGGAGGCAACUCAACGAGAUCACGGGACAUCACAAGUACAUAAAAUAACAUUUGCCUUUAGCACAGUCUCUUCAUAUGGCUAUAGACUUGGAAUGAACGUUUUCUUCCUAAUUUUUUUUAAUGUCUACAUCCGUCUCAGUCUGGUUUCUGGCAGUGCACAUCUUCUGUACUGUCUUGAAUGGGGGUGUGCAUGGCAGGGUUAUAACAAUAUACAUAUAAAAUGAUGCAUCAUAUUUUCUAAAACAAAAAAACACUUUCAAAACAUGGAAACUGUCAUUUUUUUUAUAUUUUUUUUAAUUUAUUGUUGUAAAUCUCAGGCAAGCACUCAACAAAAGAAGAUAAACAGUUACAGUGAUUUAAUAAUUAAUUAACUAUAUAAGUAAUCAAGACCCACAAACCAACAAGAUGCAAAGUUCUCUAAGUCACUUCUUUACAACUUUGCCAGAAUCCACUAUGUCUCCAUUUCCUGUCCUGUUUUUCCAUCUCUCGUGUGGAACAGUGUGCAAGUGUGCACCAUAUAUGUGAGUGUGGAAACAGAGCUAAAACACUGCUCCACCUUCUCAAAUCUGUUUGUCCUGAACAGAAUCUGAGUUCUCUUUAUCCUAUUGACCACGUCGUUGAUCCUCUUUAUGACAUGAUAUGGACCUUCUUAGUCUCUUUGUAGCUUUGGAGAUCUGCCUUUUAGCCUGAUGGUUGUACAACCAUACCAGAUCGCUCUCUUGAAAUCCAGAGGAAUUGAUCCGUUUGUCAUAUCCUGUCUUUUUCAAAUCGCUAUUGAUCUUGAUCUUAAUGUGGGCUAGAUCAUGAACACUCUCCAUUCUUUUUCAAAGAUUGAAUACAUACUCGGAGGCUACCUUACCUUUGAGGCUAUUUGAAAGCCACCAUUUGAGGGCUGCUUGAUCUGUUCUUAAAAGAAAUUUAUGUCCAUAUAAGUAUUUGUGAAAAUGUUUUACUGCAUCCACAAUAGCCAGGAGUUCAGGUCUUGUGACGCGGUAGUUUCUUUCAACCUUUGACAAGCUCUAACUGAAAUAGGCAAUGACUCGUUCAGUUUCAUCCACUUUUUGGGACAAGAUGGCACCUAUUCCAGCACUACUUGCAUCUGUGUCAAGUAUAAACGCCAUGCCUUGUUUAGGGUAGGCCAAUAUGGAGGAUGAGACAAGUGUGUUUUUCAGCCUUUCAAACACCUCUUGACAUUCAGUAGUCCAAAUAAAUUGCCUCUUUUGCUCUGUUAGUGCAUGAAGAACCCUACAAACGUUGGAGAAAUUAGGCACGAAACGUCUGUAAUACGUACAAAACCCCAGAAAACUUGGUGAAUAUUUGUUGGUGUAGGACUUUAUCUGGAGUAGUGCUAACUCUGUCCUUUGACACAAUGUGCCCAAGAUAUUUAACACUCUUUCUAAACAAAGACAACUUCCCAGUGCUUAUCCGUUGAAACAUUUCCUUCAGAUUUACAAUCAAACAUCUUACCAGGACAAACACAUAACUGCCUUCUACAUUCAAAGAGUCUUGUUCCUAAUUCUACCAGUCCUUUAUCCAUCAAACCUGAAUACGGACCAACGACAGCCUUGAUCCACCUUAAACAAGUAUGUUUCAUGAUCAACCAGAGCCUGCUGAAGACAUGCUCUAAGAAUGUCUUUAUUCUUUUCAAAGCGUUUCAAGCGCCGCCAUUUAAGCUCUUCUUUCAGUGCCUUCAAUUUUAGCUUGUCUAGCCAUUUUACAGAUGUUAUUAUGAAAUAAGAUCUUACCUCCAUUGAGUUGACCAAUCCCACUUCCAGACACCAAUUGUAGUAAAUCUCAGGCAAGCAUUCAACAAAGGAAUAUUAACGGUAACAGUGAAUUAAUAUUUUAAUUAAUAAAGUAAUUGAGACACACAAUAAACAGGAUGCAAAGUUCGUUUAAGUUAUUCUUUACAACUUUUGCCAGAAUCCACCAUGUCUCCAUUUCCUGUCUUGCUUUUCCAUCUCUUGAGUGGAACAGUGCAAUAGUAUACCAUAUAUAUGAGUGCUGAAACAGAGUUACAGCAAUAUCUUAUGUAGUACAAAUUUCUGUAAGUAUUAACACUGCAUCAUUGAACCUCAGGAAAAGUACAUCAUCAGGUGCAUCAGUUGAAGCAUCACAUUCCUAAUAUACUUGGAUUUGAUUUGUUUUGUAUUCAGCCAUUUCACAUUUAUCUAUUUUCAAAUUUUUUAAGGAGUGUUAUUCAUUGUAUUUUUCAUAUAUGUAAAUUCACAAUCAACACACAAUAUUACAUUAAUUCCAGUUAUCUGUUAUUUGUUUGAGAUGGUUUAAAAUUAAUGGCAUUUAAGUGCAUAUUUUUUUCAAAUAUCUCUUUUUAAACUAUUAAGCCAAAUAAAGGAUAUACUGCCAAUGGUCUCUUUUGUCUCAGUAGACAUUCUCAUAUUAUUUAAGAAAGAAAUCAAAUUAGGUAAAGGGGUCAAUGGUUAAUCUAUGCAUUGGUCUAUCUCUUUAAUUUGCCAGCUUGAUCAUUUUUAUUCAGAAUUAAAGAUACUAUAACAGAAAGAGCUGACAGCACAUUCUCGAUCUGUCAAGUUAAUCAGCUUAAGUUUGCUGACCUUUGACCCCAGCCCAUUUUGUUUAAAAUGACUUCAUUGAAAUCAAACAUCUUUUCAACAAUAUUUAAAAUCCUUUACGAUCUCAUCUAUAAAAUAUGAAAAGCAUGACAUUAUAUACAAGUGUUAAUACAAACUUUUUUUUUUUAAAAGUACAAAGUGAUAUUUCCUUUCAAACAUAUAUAUUCCUAAAAUAACAUUCAUUCUUUUUUUCAUGUAUUCAUUUAUUUACAUAUCAAGAGAUGCCUCAAAUGGAUUCUCUCAAACAAAAUUGUGUACACUUGUUCCUUUUACCUUUUUUUUUUUGGAUGUUUUGUAUUUUUAUUUUUGUAUUUUUACAAAAGGCCACAUUCUAUAUAGAAAGCAUAAAUUCAAAUGAGCAAUAACACAAAAUUUUUUAUAUAUAUAUAUAUACAUAUGCAGGGCUUUUUUUUCAACUACUGAGUACCGGCACCUAAUCACUGAGUAACAGCAUCUAUUAAUUUUUGAAAAAAAAAAAGCACUGUACAUAUAUAUAUA